AUGGAGUUUGUGCAGAAGGCCGUUCGCACGAAGCAGUACCGGGGCGAUGACGGCCAAACUUUCAAGCUCAACGGCAAGAUGCUGAAUGCCUCCCUCAAGGGAGCCGUGAUGCUGUCCACGGUGCCGACGCCUGAGCGGCUCGUCCGAGGCCGCGACUCAGAGCGGCCCGCCGGGCUGCGGCCCCCGGAGGUUUUGGGCCUGGACACCUUGGAGGCGGUGAGGGUUUUGGCCCAGGAAGGGAUCUUGGAUCCCGGCGUCUUGGUCUUCGCCAGCGACACGAACCCGGGCGGGAGUCGCAAGGGGGCCAACAUCGGAACCCAAGAGGAAGCUUUGUGCCGGCAGUCCACCUUGAGGCUCGCACAGGAGCAGCUGGAGUAUCCCAUCCCACUGUUAGGCGUGGCCUACAUCCCGCAGGUCCAAGGGCUGCUCCCUUCGGGUGUGGUCACCUUCGGUGGCAUCUGCUCGGCUUUGCGCCAGUGCCUGGCAGAUGAGACUCCCACAGCCAAGGAGGCCAAGUUCCUGGAGGCCAAGGUGGCCAGUGUGCUGGGGACGGCUGUGGCUUUCGGCCACCGCAGCCUGGUGCUCGGCGCCUGGGGCUGCGGGGCCUUUGGCAAUCCGCCCGCGGCCGUCUCCGAGGCCUUUGCCACGCAGCUCCAGUCGGAGGCCUUUCGCGAUGCCUUCGAUCGCGUGGUCUUCGCAAUCCCCGAUCCCUCGCUGCGCCGGGCCUUCGCUGGCACCUUUGGGGAGGCCUUUGGCGAAGCUUUGGCCACGCCGCCACCAUAG